GUGCGGAGAUUCCCGGAAGCGCAAGAGGCCCCGGCGCGUAGUGGACCUGGAUCCAAGGAACAGCGAUGUGGCUGGAGGUGGGGGGCUUACUGCGGGGGACUUGUGGACAACUGGGCCGGACUGUUGGUCUGCCUUGUGGGGCCCUGGGGCCUGGGCCCCACUGGUGGGGGCCAUGUGGGGGUUCUUGGGCCCAAAUGUUCCAUAAGGGUGGGCCUAGCAGAGGCCUGGGUGAGGAGGACAUUCGCAGGGCACGGGAGACUCGGAUCAGGAAGACACCCCGGCCCCAGCUGAGCGACCGCUCUCGAGAACGCAAGGUGCCCGCUUCCCGCAUCAGCCGCUUGGCCAACUUUGGGGGACUGGCUGUCGGCCUGGGAUUGGGAGUGCUGGCUGAGGUGGCCAAGAAGUCCCUGCCAGGAGGACAUCUACCAUCAGAGAGCGGCACCCGGCCAGGCUCCAGUCCCUUCCUGUCAGAGGCCAAUGCCGAGCGGAUCGUGCAGACCUUGUGCACAGUUCGGGGGGCCGCCCUCAAGGUUGGCCAAAUGCUCAGCAUCCAGGACAACAGCUUCAUCAGCCCCCAGCUUCAGCGCAUCUUCGAGCGGGUCCGCCAGAGCGCCGACUUCAUGCCCCGCUGGCAGAUGCUGAGAGUUCUCGAAGAGGAGCUGGGCAGGGACUGGCAGGCCAAGGUGGCCUCUUUGGAGGAGGUGCCCUUUGCUGCUGCCUCUAUCGGGCAGGUGCACCAGGGCAUGCUGAGGGAUGGGACAGAGGUGGCCGUGAAGAUCCAGUACCCAGGCGUUGCCCAGAGCAUCCAGAGUGAUAUCCAGAACCUGCUGGCAGUGCUGAAGAUGAGUGUGGCCCUGCCCGAGGGCCUGUUUGCUGAGCAAAGCCUGCAGGCCUUGCAGCAGGAGCUGGCCUGGGAGUGUGACUACCGCCGUGAGGCGGCUUGUGCCCAGAACUUCAGCCUUUUCCAGAAUGCUCAGAGCAGCAAUAGCCCCAAAGUGGACACAACCCAAAUCUACCAAGUUCAUCUAGCAGGGCAGAUAAAUAAAGGAAGGCAUAAUCCAUCAGCGGAAUAUCAUACAGCAGCGAAAAUCAGUGAACGAGCUACGGGGAACCAUGUGGUGGUAUCUCAGAAGCAUCGUGAUGUGCAGCAGUUAAAAUACAUUCGGCAGUUGUUGGCAGGUGACCCUUUCUUCCGAGUGCCAGCUGUGAUUGAGGAGCUGUGCACAACGCGGGUGCUGGGCAUGGAACUGGCUGGAGGGGUCCCCCUGGACCAGUGCCAGGGCUUAAGCCAGGACAUCCGGAACCAGAUCUGCUUCCAGCUCCUGAGGCUGUGUCUGCGGGAGCUGUUUGAAUUCCGAUUCAUGCAGACAGACCCCAACUGGGCCAACUUCCUGUACGAUGCCUCCAGCCACCAGGUGACCCUGCUGGACUUUGGUGCAAGCCGGGAAUUUGGGACUGAAUUCACAGACCAUUACAUCGAGGUGGUGAUGGCAGCAGCCAAUGGAGACAGAGACCGGGUCCUGCAGAAAUCCCGGGACCUCAAAUUCCUCACAGGCUUUGAAACCAAGGCAUUCUCGGAUGCCCACGUGGAGGCAGUGAUGAUCCUGGGGGAGCCCUUCGCCACCCAGGGCCCCUACGACUUUGGGGCAGGUGACACUGCCCGCCGAGUGCAGGGCCUCAUCCCUGUGCUGCUGCAGCACCGGCUGCGCCCACCGCCGGAGGAGACCUAUGCCCUGCACCGCAAGCUGGCAGGGGCCUUCCUGGCCUGCGCCCGCCUCCGCGCCCACAUCGCCUGCCGGGACCUCUUCCAGGAGACCUACCACCGCUAUUGGGCCAGUCGCCAGACCUAGCCUCUGCCUGCAGCCUCCUGACCAGAAGGGACUUGGGGUCAGACCCUUUAGAUGGCCUCCAUCCUGUGAUUCUGGCCCCAAAGGAGGCCAUCCACUGCUGUGAUGCCUCCUUUCCAUUCCCCUGCAGGCCUGGGGACCACCCGGUCUGAUUUCCCGGUUCUUGCCUAGCUCCCUUCCUCCGGGCUGGGGAAACCUCCAGCUAGGGAACUCCCAACUUCACACCCCCAUAUCCUGAUCUUCCCACUCCCGUGUGGGCACCCAGGAACUCUACGCCAGGGAUUAAUUUAUUUUUGCCAACGUUUAAGAGCCUUAGGCCCUCUGCACCCAGUCAUGCAGAUCCAGACUCAUCUAGAUGGGGAGCCCCACACCUCUGGGUCAGGUCUCUCACUGAUCUGGCCAGUGAAAGGGGAGGAGCGGUGGCUGGUAGAGGCAGCCCUCACCUUUGCUGCCCUCACCCCUCCACCAGCUGCGUUCUCCCGGGCUCCAUCCUUUCUGUGUGUUGGGGAGGGGGUAAGGGAGGGUGUUUGAAACUUCAGUCAGAAUAAAAGUGGCGCUCCCCU